UCGUUUCGCGCAACCUGCUGGGAGUUGUAGUCCCGGACCCGGGGGUGCCUGGGAGGCGGGAGGGGGGGUUGGAGUUUCUCAGCGCCGAUUCCGCGGGAAGGGCCCAGGGGCCUCACACUUCGAAUCGCGGGAGCUGCGGGUCUUACUGGGAGAGACGCUGCACGUGGAGCCCGCGCCCCUGCUGUUCUUAGCCGGCUCUGGAGCGCGGGUGGGGGCCACGGGGCCGAUUCCGGAGCGGGACUGAACUUUUGAAAUACUCCAACCAUGACUAAAAGAGAAGCAGAGGAGCUAAUAGAAAUUGAGAUUGAUGGGACAGAGAAACCAGAGUGCACAGAAGAAAGUAUUGUAGAACAAGCCUACACCCCAGCUGAAUGUGUAAGCCAGGCUAUAGACAUCAAUGAGCCAAUAGGCAAUUUAAAGAAACUACUAGAACCAAGACUGCAGUGUUCUUUGGAUGCUCAUGAAAUUUGCCUGCAAGAUAUCCAGCUGGAUCCGGAACGAAGUUUAUUUGACCAAGGAGUAAAAACAGAUGGAACUGUACAACUUAGUGUACAGGUAAUUUCUUACCAAGGAAUUGAACCUAAGCUAAACAUCCUUGAAAUUGUUAAACCUGCGGAAACAGUUGAAGUAGUCAUUGAUCCAGAUGCCCAUCAUGCGGAAGCAGAAGCACAUCUUGUUGAGGAAGCUCAAGUAAUAACUCUUGAUGGCACAAAACACAUUACAACUAUUUCAGACGAAACCUCAGAACAAGUGACAAGAUGGGCUGCCGCUCUGGAAGGUUAUAGGAAAGAGCAAGAACGCCUUGGGAUACCUUAUGAUCCUAUACAGUGGUCCACAGACCAAGUCCUACAUUGGGUGGUUUGGGUAAUGAAGGAAUUCAGCAUGACUGAUAUAGACCUGACCACACUCAACAUUUCUGGAAGAGAAUUAUGCAGUCUCAACCAAGAAGAUUUUUUUCAGCGAGUGCCUCGGGGAGAAAUUCUAUGGAGUCAUCUGGAACUUCUUCGAAAAUAUGUGUUGGCAAGCCAGGAACAACAGAUGAAUGAGAUAGUUACAAUUGAUCAGCCUGUGCAAAUUAUUCCAGCAUCAGUGCAGUCUGCUACACCAACUACUAUUAAAGUUAUAAAUAGUAGUGCAAAGGCAGCUAAAGUACAAAGAGCUCCAAGGAUUUCAGGAGAAGAUAGAAGUUCACCUGGGAACAGAACAGGAAACAAUGGUCAAAUCCAACUGUGGCAGUUUUUGCUAGAACUUCUUACUGACAAGGAUGCUCGAGACUGCAUUUCUUGGGUCGGUGAUGAAGGCGAGUUUAAGCUAAAUCAGCCUGAACUAGUUGCACAAAAAUGGGGACAACGUAAAAAUAAGCCUACAAUGAACUAUGAGAAACUCAGUCGUGCAUUAAGGUAUUAUUAUGAUGGGGACAUGAUUUGUAAAGUUCAAGGCAAGAGAUUUGUGUACAAGUUUGUCUGUGACUUGAAGACUCUUAUUGGAUACAGUGCAGCAGAGUUGAACCGUUUGGUCACAGAAUGUGAACAGAAGAAACUUGCAAAGAUGCAGCUCCACGGGAUUGCCCAGCCGGUCACAGCAGUAGCCCUGGCCACUGCUUCCCUGCAGACGGAAAAGGAGAAUUGAGCCCAGGAUCUUCUGGGAGCCCGAGGUCUUUCUUAAAUAUUAGAGCAAGUAUUGCUCUUACCUUUAUUACUGAAUUUGAAUCUUCUUUUAUUUCUAGACUGUACAAUCUGAUGCAUGAUUUUUUUAUAAAUAUUUCAUACUCUUGUGAAUUUGGAUCUUUUUACUUUGAGCAUAUAUUUUAGAAUAUGUGUAUGUUAAGGAUCACCACAAUGUCUUCAGCACGAAGUCAGGUUCAUUGUGGGAUAGUUUGUUAACAGUCAGGAAAGCUAAACUGGUCAGUAUUAAUGUCUAGCCCUACCAAAAAUAGCCAGUAGCAUCUGAGGAUGAAAAAUAAAUGAAGUAUCUCCAGGAAACAGUCUGGCUUAACUAUUUUUGAAAAUAUAACUGUUUCCCCUCUCUGCUGCUUUAGAUGUUGCUUUACAUAGAACCAGAAAAUGGAAUUUUUCAUAGCUAAAGCAUGUGUGCCUGUUUCAUCUAAUCAAGCAGAGCUAAAAUAUUCAUAUCAAAUAAAAUUAUAAUAUUAAUAAAUUACUAAACUGAGAGUAUCAAGUUAUUAAAAUAAUUUAUAUAUUUGCAAGCAAAGGACAAUACGAAGUCGACUGGCAGAAGAACAUUGCUGCAGAAGGAGAUCCAGGUUGAAAUCUGGCUUAACUCAAGCUAAUUUUAAGGAUUUUCUGUAUAGAUUAUUCAUAAUAUCAGGCCAAGAAUUUAAAUUAUUUUAAGAGAGGCAUUUAAUUCUAAUAAACCAGCUAUUAACAAAAAUUCUGAAAUGAUCUCUGUUUUUCCCGUCAGAGAUUUAAAAAACUGAAAAGGUAUACCUCAGCCAGAAAAUAAAAGUUUGGUUUA